AGGUUAUCAACAUAUAUAUUUGCAUAUUAUCAAACGGUGUUAUUGCCAUUAGCUUCCAGACAGCCAUAUUGUGACCACCAUUAGAGUCGUUACCGUGAUAAAGAUGAGUGAAUGGGAAAAAGAUGAAGUGAUACAAAGAUUCAGAGAAUAUUUAAGAAUACCUACAGUGCAUCCAAAUGUUGAUUACAAUGACUGCGUCAACUUUUUGAAGAGACAAGCAGACCUGUUAAAUCUACCUUAUGAAGUGCACGAGUUGUUAGAGAAGAAACCAGUAGUGUUGAUAACAUGGCAGGGAACGCAACCAGAAUUACCUUCGAUCUUAUUGAAUUCUCACAUGGACGUAGUGCCCGUUUAUGAAGAACAUUGGAAAUAUCCACCGUUUGAGGCGCAUAUUACAGCAGACGGUUGGAUCUAUGCUCGCGGUGCACAGGAUAUGAAGAGCAAUGGUAUACUGCAUUUAGAAGCUGUUAGGAACCUUAAGAAAGCCGGCGUCAGGCUAAUGAGAACUGUUCAUAUUAGUUUCGUACCAGACGAAGAGAUUGGUGGCAUGAAUGGUAUGAAAAUAUUCUGCGAAUCCGAGGAAUUUAGGAAACUAAAUGUGGGCUUUGAGAUGGACGAAAGUUACCCCAGUGAUGAUUCAAAAGUAUUCCACGCAUUUCACGGAGAACGGACAGCAAGACAAGUCAAAAUAACAUGCAGAGGUGUGACCGGCCAUGGUGCUAUGCUCCAAAAGAAUGAAGUCACCGCCGGCGAAAAGAUUAAUUAUAUUAUUAACAAAUUAAUGGAAUUUAGAGAAAAGGAGAGACAAAAAUUUGUUAAUGGUGCGCUUUUGGGUGACGUUACAACAAUCAAUUUAACAAAAUUAGAAGGUGGAGUUCAAAUAAAUGUGCUGCCGGAACAGCUUAGUGCAUAUUUCGACAUCAGAAUAUCUCCCUUCGAAGAUCACGAUGCUUUUGAGAAUAUGAUUUUAAACUGGUGCAAAGAAGCCGGAGAAAACGUUACAUUGGAAUAUUUCGAGAAGAAUCCAGAAGAAAAAACAACCAAACUUGAUAAGGACGCGUACUUUUGGAAUGCUUUACUGAAAGCAGUACGGGAUAUGGGCUUGGAUAUCAACAGUGUGAUCUGUCCGGGCACUACAGAUGCGCGCUUCAUACGACGUCAGGGAAUCCCCGCUAUAGGAUUCUCUCCAAUACUCAACACGCCUCAAUUAAUACAUGCUCAUAAUGAAAGAGUUCAUGUGGACGAUUUCAAACACGGCAUUAUUGUUAUGGAGAAGGUUAUAGUUGCAUUAGCCAAUGUUUAAUUAUGCGAAAAGUCAGUCAUUAAGCGUAAGUUUUUUGUAAUUAAUGUUUGAAAAGAUUUUUCCUGCUGUUUUCCAUGCCCACGAUACAGGCAUUGCCUAGUGUGGGCAUCACCAGAUUAAUCGUAUUUUAACCACAAUUUGUAAUUAUCAUUUAGUUGGUAUAACUGUUAUUGUAAUUGUUAAUCUCUUGUUUCAAUAAAAUUAUUUCUAUUUCAAGUUAAAUAAAUGUGAAGCAAGUCAUUACUUAAUUACCUACCAAAUAGAAACGAAAAAGAUAUCCUCAUACAGCAAAUAAUUAUUAAUCGUAAUAGGUUUUCUAAAGUAUUAU